GAGAGACAUCAUUGCGAGACCCUUUUUUAUUUCAUGCAAGUCAUGGAUUCCAGAUGCAUGGAAAUAGCUGCCCUAGGAAGACCUUUGUAUCCUGGCAUGCUGUAUGAUUGCCGAAGCGACUCCUUUAUUCCAGGUGUGACUUUAUGGGAUAAAAAUGCAUUGCAUGAUGACCUUGAUGUUCAUCAGAAGCCUAGAACACAUCUGAAAUUUGCAGCCUCUGAUAGUCUCAGUGAUAAGGCAAACCUCCUAGACAUAAGCGCUUCCCUUAAAGCCAGUUUCUUAUGUGGAUUGGUGGAGGUUGGAGGAUCGGCCAAGUACCUGCAAGAUACCAGAUCUUCAGCACGUCAGUGCAGAGUUACUAUGCAGUACAGCCAGACAACAACAUUUGAACAGCUCACUAUGAAGAAGCUUGGUAAUAUCACCUACCCACAAGUAUUUGACCAGAAAACAGCCACUCAUGUAGUUACAGCUGUACUGUAUGGAGCUCAGGUUUUCAUGGUGUUUGAUUAUAAAAGCGCAGAAAAAGAGAACAAACAGGAAAUUGAAGGAAACCUUCAUGUAGUGGUCAAGAAGAUCCCUACCAUUCCCAUUGAGGGGCAAGCAUCGCUUAACAUGACUGAAAAUGAAAAAACAAUGACUGAGAAUAUUAGUGUCACAUUAUAUGGUGACAUUAAACUUGGAAAAAACCCCACCACAUAUAAGGAUGCCCUCAAAGUGUACAGGAAGGUGCCUGCUCUGAUGAAGCAACAAGAUAAAGGUGUGCCUCUGACAGUGUGGCUGUAUCCUCUCAAUCUUUUGGAUGAUAAGGCUGCACAGUUGGUGAGAGAAAUCAAUUUGAGCCUGUUGUGUGAAACAGAAAGUUUGCUGGAGGAACUCGGUAAAAAGGAGAGAAUAUGCAAUGAUUUGAUCAAAAGACAAAUAACAGAUGAUUUCCCUGAUCUAAAAUACAGGUUGCUAAAGUUUCAGACAUUACACAGAAAUUAUACAAGUUUGUUUAAGAACGCACUAGGCAGAGUGUCUGCCAGACAAGACACUAAGGGACAUCCUGAGCAUCCAUUACACAUCACCCUUCAAAGUAAGCAUCAUGGACAAAUACUGACCUCCUAUACAGUUGGGUUGAAGGACACCACAGUUGUGAAAUCAUCAGGGUUACUCAAUUCCAUCUGUUUUCAUCCUGAUGUUGAUGUGGUGGUAUGUUUGUCAUUUACAUCUCUAAAGAAUGAUGACCUAUACCUAUCAACUCUACAGGACUUUAACAAAUCUGAAGAAUUUAAAAUCCUGGCGCAAACAAGGGUGAGAAAUUCCCUUCUCCAAGCAGCACAGCCUUGGUUCACUAAUGACAUUCUUACAAGGAUGAAGCUGAAUCUUUCUCUCUUUACGUCUUUUUUAAAGGCCAAUAAAAAUGAGAAGAGAAUCAAAUUCGUCAUUGCCUCCAUAUCUGAUCAAAGCAAUACAGGAUCCUCAAUCCAACUUUAUCAGAAUGGCUCUCUGACAGAUCCUAAUUUCCAGCCUGUAUCCAAACCUCCCAAACCUGAUGUGGAGACCAGUAACGGGAAAGUCACCCUGAAGCUUUCAAAAUCCCCAACUGGAGAGACUGUACAGUUCAGAGUUGAGUACAGGAUGACACCUUCAAAUGAUUCAGCAGCUGAUGAUGAGGAAUGGACAGUCAUAGACACAUCAAAUGCACAGAACACCUUCACAUUGAUUGGACUAAAGCCAACAGAACAAUACUGGGUCCGAUACAGAGCUGUUAGUCAUGUGGGAGUGAGUGAAGCCAGCGACUCUGUCCCCUUCACCUUUCAAGGGAACCUCACUGUCAAAGUAGACCAAUGGAACUUCUCUAUACCCGUACUCAUUAAUGCAUUCAGGACUGAAAUAAUGACCACUAUCGGCACGUCACGAUGGUCUCCAUCUACUAUCAAGUCAGAGGUUACAAAUAUUGUCAACAAUCCUAUUGUUCCUUACACCGGGAGAAUCCCUGGAGGACUGAGAGAAGGAAUGGCUUUGUACCUCCAAGGGGUUGUUUCGGAAAAUUUUUUAGUUGUUUGCGGUGAUGUAUCUCUGCACAAUGGUGAUGGCAUCCUUUUUGAUUUCCAUUUUCGGGAAAAUGAUUUAUUUCCUGGACCUGCAUGCAAUAAACUGCCCAAAGGAUCAGUCUUUGACAUCUUUUUUGUGAAAAGCACAGAAGGAUAUGAGAUGUAUGUGAAUGGGCAGACGUCUUCGAAGCCCGUACCUCCCAUACCAGUGGAGAAUAUAUCUACACUUCACAUUUCUGGAGGUGUCAUAAUGAACACUGUUGGUAUUGUUGCAAACUGGAGCGAAUCUACUUUUGGUCAGGAAAUCAAUUCUGGCAUCUCACGCAGAAAGAUAUCUGACAUCCAGUGUGAUGUGCCACAUCCAGUCUGCAAGCCUGACAAUCCAUAUUUGGGAUCAAUCCCUGGAGGCUUGAGACAUGGUGUGGUUUUGUUCUUCCAAGGGGUUGUUCCAGUAGAUUAUGAAUGCUUUGAAAUAAACUUGCAGACCGGGCCGAAGAACCCUCAUGACAUUGCUCUCCAGCUCAAACGAAGUAUGGACUCUGUGGUCCUUAACAGCUGCAAGAAUGGGACAUGGGGAAAUGAAGAGAAGGCCCCAGAACGCCCAUUUGUUGGAGGAGCAGCUUUUGAUAUCAUCAUGGUUAUUAAACCAAAACGCUAUGAGGUGAUGGUGAAUGGCCUGGAAUUCUGCAAGUUCAAGCAUCGUAUACCGGUGGACAAAGUGACUACACUUAACAUUAGGGGAGACGUCUUCAUGAACACCUUCGGCAUUACUAAAGUGGAUGAUAUUAAUCUGAAAGUCACCAUCACCAAUCCUGCCAAUAUCUGAGGAUUUGCAUCUUCAAAAACCACUGAUGAAUGGAUUUUUAUAUUCUGCUCAGGUAUAUCACAGUUACAACAGUUUAUGGACAUGAUUUGUCCUUUUAUUAUUUUUUUUCCUGUUGAACAUUCUCAUGACAAUCAUAUUUUGUUGCAUAUUAUUGUUAGAAUGAUAUAUACAUAUAUUCUUUACUACAAUUCUAAUGUACCGUAAUUAUAGUAAAUGAUACACGUCUUUUGCAUUGUAUCUCUAUAUUAAGACAUUUUGAUGCAUAAAUUAGAGCAGUCUAUGGCUAAAAUAACUGUAUGAUUUCUGUUUUACAUGAUGAGCUGUGUACUCUGUUAAAAUAUCUAUUCUUUUUAGAUAAACCCAUUAAUCAGUAAAAGAAGUUUUAGAUUAAAAAAAUGUGAAAAAUGAACAUAUGGCAGUAAAUGUACAGUAAUGCCAAAAAGGUUUCAGCACAUCUUUUAUACUAACACCAAAUACAAGGUUGAAGUGGACACCCUAUACGCUCAAAUACCCUAUUUCACCUGUAGAGAGCGCUCGUUUCUAAAAACAUGAUCCAUGUGCAGUACUGUACAGCAGCAUUGAGUUGACUAAUUUUACCUCUUACCCAAUAGUAAUAUGGUGUGUUUUGUUGUUGUUGUUGUUGUCGUUGUUAUUAUGAAUUGUAAAACUGUUUACUUUAUGAUUAAAUCAUGUUAAAAAUAUACUAAUUAUGCAUAUUGAAUAAAUAGUAAAAUAAUUAAAGUGUGA